CUGCAGCCCAGACAGUGCCUGAGGACGGCUCUGGAAUGCCGGGCCCCUCCUUCCUCCCUCUCCUGGAGCGGGGGCGUCUGCUCCUUUGGGAGGAGGACAAGAGGACCGUGGCAUCAGAUCCUUCCAACUCAGCCCUGCACAGAGAGUGACCUUGAGGUGCCAACGGGCACAGCGGGGCCAUGGCCGCAGCUGCCUCCGUGACCAGCCUGGCGGAUGAGGUCAACUGCCCCAUCUGCCAGGGCACCCUGAGGGAGCCGGUCACCAUCGACUGUGGCCACAACUUCUGCCGGGGCUGCCUCACACGCUACUGCGAGAUCCCAGGCACGGACCCCGGGGAGGCCCUCCACGGGGAGGCCCUCCCCUGCCCCCUCUGCAAGGAGCCCUUCCGCCCGGGGAGCUUCCGGCCCAACUGGCAGUUGGCCAGCGUGGUGGAGAGCAUUGAGCACCUCAAGCUGGUGUCUUCGCCGGACUCCGAGGCAGAGGACAUCUGCAGGGAGCACGGGGAGAAGGUCUACUUCUUCUGUGAGGACGAUGAGACACAGCUGUGCGUGGUGUGCCGGGAGGCCUGGGAGCACCGGGCCCACACCGUGCGCUUCCUGGACGAGGCAGCAGGGCCCUACAGGGAACAAAUACAGAAGUGUCUUGAGUGUCUAAGGAAAGAGAGAGAGGAGAUUCAAAGAAUCCAGUCGAGAGAAAACGAAAGGAUACAAGUCCUCCUGUGUCAGGUCGCCACCAAGAGGCAGAAAGUGGUCUUCGAGUUUGCACACCUCAGCCAGUUCCUGGAGGAGCAGCAGAGCAUCCUCCUGGCCCAGCUGGAGAAGCUGGAUGGGGACAUCCUGAAGCAACAGGACGCGUUCGAUGUCCUGGUCAGCGAGGAGAUCUGUCGGUUCAGCAGCCUGAUCUCUGAGCUGGAGGAGAAGAACGGGAGGCCAGCCCGGGAGCUCCUGACGGACAUCAGAAGUACUCUGAUAAGAUGUGAAACCAGAAAGUGCCGGAAACCAGAGGCUGUGUCCCCUGAGCUGGGCCAGAGGAUUCGGGACUUCCCCCAGCAGGCUGUCCCGCUGAGGAGGGAGAUGGAGAUGUUUCUGGAGAAGCUGUGCUGCGAACUGGACUCUGAGCCAGCGGACAUCUGCCUGGACCCCCAGACCUCCCACCCCAAGCUCCUCUUAUCUGAGGACCGGCGGCGCGCGCAGUUCUCCUACAAGUGGCAGAGCUCGCCAGACAGCCCCCAGCGCUUUGACCGGGCCACCUGUGUCCUGGCCCUCAGUGGCUUCACGGCGGGGAGACACACGUGGCUGGUGAAGGUGGACCUGGCCCACGGGGGCAGCUGCACGGUGGGCGUGGUGAGCGAGGCCGUGAGGCGGAAGGGGGAGCUGCGGCUGCGGCCAGAGGAGGGUGUGUGGGCCGUGAGGCUGGCCUGGGGCUUCGUGUCAGCGCUGGGCUCCUUCCCCACGAGGCUGGCGCUGCAGGAGCAGCCCAGGCAGGUGCGCGUGUCCCUGGACUACGAGGUGGGCUGGGUGACCUUCGUCAACGCAGUCAGCCAGGAGCCCAUCUACACCUUCACGGCCUCCUUCACCCAGAAGGUCUUUCCCUUCUUUGGGCUCUGGGGCCGAGGGUCCAGCUUCUCCGUGAGUUCCUGAGAGAGGCGGUCACUCUCUGCCGGGACCAGCUCCCCGGAGGAUGGUGCGAACGCCACCCCUGCCAGCUCCCCGGGGGACGGGGUGGAAGCCCGGCAGGGUGAGGACUUGAAGGGCAAGGUGGGUGACCCCAUGUGCUGAUCAGGCCUCUUCCCUGACACCUGUGGACAGCCUGGGGCUCCAGGGACACAGGAGUCCUGGGCUGGGGCCAGAAGACUGGGCUGGAGACCAGCCUGUGGCCACCACUGUGUGAUCUGGGACAAGGCACCUCUCUUCAUUCUGUCUUUUUCCAGAGAAAUGAGGGUUCGUAUACGUGUGCCUUCGGGAAACAUUUUUUGUGUGCUACCUGUGAACCAGGCAGGAUGGGGGCCACUGCUGCUGUGAAAAUGAAAAAAAUCUGGCAUCUGGAGGAGCUCCCGGACU